AAAGAAUCGUUCUCAUUGAAGUGAGAAUUAAUCGUCCUCGUCGAGCCUUCGUGAGUCGCGUCAAUAAUGUCAAUGUGAGGACGCGUAAACGAGUGAGGUGGUUCAAUAAUGAAAUUCGAGUAACUCUUUCAAUUUGCGAUCACGAGUACCUCAAAUGAGACACCUCAUGAGUGAGGAACCCAUCUCUACAUCACUAUCACAUUGAUUUUUGAUUUUGACACUCAUUGAGUCAUUGACAGUAUAGAAGAAACCAAAGGAAGAAACAAAAUAGAAUUUAAGAUUUUAGAUCUUUGAUUUAGAUCUAGUCAUACACACGGGUUUUACUGUAAUCUAAAAAAAGGCUUUUAAAAAAUGUCUCAAGGAAAGAUUGUGUUAAUGGCGUGCGGUAGCUUUAGCCCUCCGACGUAUAUGCAUUUAAGAAUGUUCGAAAUAGCAAGAGAUUAUAUCCACUCGCAGGGUUUGGGAACUAUUGUUGGUGGUUUUGUGUCUCCGGUACAUGAUGCAUAUGGAAAGAAAGAUCUAGUGGCUGCGCAUCAUAGGAUAUCAAUGCUAAAAUUAGCGUUAAGAUCGUCUGGAUGGAUUAAGGUAUCCGAGUGGGAGACUCAGCAGUCUGGAUGGACUAGAACAAAAAUGUCUCUACAGCACCAUCAGGAUACGAUAAACCGUCACCUGUCGCAGAACUUCAACACUGACCCUCCAUCUUGGCUGCCAGAUGAUAUAUUAAACGUAAACAGCAUAGACGAACCGGACAAUUUGAAUCUGAAGUUAAACGGUAAUAAUAUCGAUGAUAGUGUGACCAUUAAGUUGCUCUGCGGUGCUGAUUUGUUAGAAUCGUUUGCGACACCGGGUCUAUGGUCGGAUGAGGAUUUGGAGAUGAUAGUGGGUCGCCAUGGCUUAGUGGUUGUAACUCGUGCCGGCUUCGACCCGGGGCGGUUUAUAUACGAUUCAGAUAUGCUCUACAAGUAUAGAAGAAACGUGACAUUAGUAACGAAUUACAUAGCCAACGAAGUAAGUUCUACAGUUAUACGUCGCCUACUAAGAAGGGGUGAGAGCGCUAAAUAUUUAACCGAUGACGCGGUACUGGCUUAUAUAAGACAAAAUAGGCUCUACGGGACUAUGCCUUGUAUCACUGAGUAUAAUUUGCUUAACGAUAUACUAGCUAACUACGAGAAAUCACCUCAAGACGUCAUAAUGACAUCACCAGAAGAAACGAGCUUCAAAAAUAUACUAAUAUCGAUAAGAGACAAACCGUCAAUCGUCGAUGAAACGAUAACAGUGAAACGAGCAAAGAAAUCAAACUUCUUAAUGCCAAGUCAUACGGAUACAAUAAGUCCGACAUUAGAUCCAAAACCGAAAAUCGCGUAUGUUGACAAAGUACCCUCGACUUACGUACCGGGUAAAGCGGUGAAAAUUGUCAGCGAUGUCAAUCAACACAAGAUCAAAGAUGAAAAGGUGAGUGCGUACAGUUCUUUAGACAGUUAUCUGUCUAAAGAUGAUUAUGAUGUUUAUAAAAGGAGGGUUAGCGAGGGUAGUAUGGAAAAAAAUGUAACUACCGUCAAGAAAAGAUGUUCGUCAUCGACGAUAAGGAAAUUGAAACCGGACGAUAUGAAGAAGAGCAAGUCGGAGGUGAGUAAGCUAUGUGAUAAGGUUAAGAGUAUUAAGUUGAAAGAUAAGGCUAGCGCGAAUUAUAAGACCAGGAGCUGUAAUGAUAUCGUUAAGCUUAUUUUGACUAAACAUGGCAUACAUGUUAUAAGCGAUACAGAGGCGAUAGUUUAA